AAUAGCUGUCAGUCACUCUGAAUGAAAGUGUGUACUAUAUGACUGGAUUGUAAUUUAAAUGUUGUGAUAUGUAUAUUAUUUUUACUGUUGUUUUGUUAAGAUUCCUGUGUUGAUCCCAGAAACAUUAGCACUGCCUCUUCACCAGCUAAUGGGGACUCAAAUAAAUAAUGUUAGCAAUCUGUCUUCAAAAGAAACAUUUAAUGGAUUAAAUUGCAUGAACAUUUCAUUUUUUUGGAUGAGGAAUCACUCCAGUAUUUGCUAGAUUUAGAAUUUUUUGCAGGUGUGUUUGUGAGCUAUGGGGCAGAGUUGUUUUGUUUGCAUGCCAGUGGUUAAUUACAUGCCUGCCAAUGCGUUGAACAACAAGCUUAUCUUGCUGCUUCUUUGGUGGUCUAUCUAUAAUGUUCAUGUCUUGUUGUUUAGCACAGCCCUGUCUGGUUUGUAAUCCACCAUGAGUUUGUUUGGGACAAGCUCUGGUUUUGGAACUGGAGGAACUGGUGUUUUUGGAAGCACAACUUCAGACAGCCACAAUCCAAUGAAGCGAGGUGUGUUCUAGCUCCAGUGUCUCUACCACAGGAUGUUGAGGUCACCUCGCCACCGGACGACAGCAUCAGCUGCCUGGCUUUCAGCCCGCCUACCAUGCCGGGCAACUUCCUCAUAGGAGGAUCCUGGGCCAAUGACGUGCGGUGCUGGGAGGUGCAGGACAAUGGGCAGACGGUUCCCAAGGCACAGCAGAUGCACACUGGUCCUGUACUGGAUGUGUGCUGGAGUGACGAUGGAAGCAAAGUCUUUACUGCUUCUUGUGACAAGACAGCUAAGAUGUGGGACCUGAACAGUAACCAGGCCAUGCAGAUCGCACAGCACGACGGUCCAAUCAGAACGAUCCACUGGAUAAAAGCCCCAAACUACAGCUGUGUUAUGACUGGAAGCUGGGACAAAACACUGAAGUUCUGGGACACACGCUCCCCCAGUCCCAUGAUGUCCCUGCAGAUGCCGGAGAGAUGCUACUGUGCAGACGUGGUUUAUCCUAUGGCUGUGGUAGCCACAGCAGAAAGAGGCCUGAUCGUCUACCAGCUGGAAAACCAGCCGUCAGAGUUCCGCAGGAUAGACUCUCCCCUUAAGCACCAGCAUCGCUGUCUGGCCAUCUUUAAGGACAAGCAGAACAAGCCGACGGGCUUUGCCCUGGGAAGCAUUGAGGGGAGGGUAGCCAUCCACUACAUCAACCCCCCAAACCCAGCCAAGGACAACUUUACCUUCAAGUGUCAUCGUUCCAAUGGCACCAACACUGCCACCCCCCAGGACAUCUAUGCUGUGAACGCCAUCGCUUUCCACCCUGUCCAUGGAACACUGGCCACUGUGGGCUCCGAUGGACGCUUCAGUUUCUGGGACAAAGACGCCCGCACCAAGUUAAAGACCUCAGAGCAGCUGGACCAGCCAAUCACAGCCUGCUGCUUCAACAGCAACGGCAACAUCUUUGCCUACGCCUCCAGCUACGAUUGGUCAAAGGGGCAUGAGUACUACAACCCCCAGAAGAAGAACUACAUCUUCCUGCGGAACGCCGCCGAGGAGCUGAAGCCUCGGAACAAGAAAUGAUCUGUGGAGUCUUCAUCUACGACCUGCCGCUUUAGUGCGUCGGUGCAAUCAAGAGGAACGCCGGGAACGUUGUCGCUGCGUGGAGAACUGUUCAUAAACUGCCCAGAGGAGAUGACGGCUGUGUGACUAUUGACCUCACGGGGUCAGAGCGACGGGUGAGGGGUUGUUGUCAGUUGGUCAUGUUCCCCUGCUUAGACACCGCAUGCAUCAGCCAAUACGGUUACGUUUGACUCAUUUAGCAGACACUCUUACCCAGAGCAACAUCCAUUCAUCUUAAGAGGGCUGGGUGGGGGGGUGGUAUUUUAGAUGAUCUCUAGGUUUUCCGUAAAUGGAUAGGGACUGGGGGCCUUAGCGCCUGGGAUGCCAUGACAGGAAGAACUCUGACUGACAAUAGUUGAGGCGUUUAAAGGCCAGUAUCCAGGUGUCAUGUGUCGUCAUCCCCAGCCUGCAAACACACAUUGUGGUUAGCUGGUAUGUAAAAUACCUGUCCUGGUGUUGCAAGAUCUGGCAUGCAUCAGCAACAUCUUAGCAGGGGAAGGAGACUAUGUUGUUUAUAUGUUAUUAAUGUGUUCAGCUCUUUAUUUUUGUAUCACCUUCCAAAGACAUUUUCAUCUGUUUGACGUCACUCCUUGUUGUAGCUGAAAUAAACAUACUGGAUACUCUCAA